AUGGGUGUAGUGUCCCAAGCACCGCAUCGCGUCCAGAGACAGGACGUGAUGACCACCGUUGGCCAAGGAAAGGUCCAAGGCGUGGGUUCGACCAUGUCGCUAAGUCGCGACAGCAAGUCGGACCGCAAAAAGCAGUCAGGGUCAGUAGGGGUGGGUCACCCUGCUGAUCCAGCAACGUCAAGAGAAUUUGCAGGACUCUUGACGAAGAUUGCUCCAAACACACAGUCGCUGUGUGUUACUGCCCCUAGUGAUGAGGUGUCCUCAUCACUUGAAGAUCGAAAUGACAAGUGGAAUGUCACGUUGCGCCCUAGUUAA